AUGACUUUGGUUCCCAAUGUUGGGCAAGAUGCUGAUAUGCUAAAUCAAGUUUUCAAAAUCCGCAUUGACAAAGCUGAACAGCGGAAGAAGGUUGCAGUUGCUCAUGAUUUGAUCUACAAGAAGAAUUAUGCUGUGAACAGCAACAAAGUUAAUGGAUUCCUGAUGGCUGAAUCCUUAGUUCCAACUUUGAAUGCAUUCUCCCACAGGUUGGGUCCAUUGGGUUUCAAUGUAUAUUCGAUGUUUGUUGUCAAUUUCAUGCAUGAGGUCGAGCUAGGGGUGUGGAAGUCCCUUUUGUCCAUCUUCUAUGGAUAUUAG